CACUUGGCACGAUUCCAAUGAUAUUUCAAAUGUGGGGACUUGGAGACGCGGCCAGAGAGGCUCAAAAAGUUGGCCACACUGAUGCCUCGUUUGUAAAAAAGAGAGACAUAAAAGGCCUGGUGGUUUAGGUUUUUGCAGCGAGAAUGGCUACCAAAGCGGUGUUAACAUUUGGAAGAUACAAAGGCCAGCCUCUCGGUUCUCUUCCAGCGAACUAUCUGCAAUGGAUGACACAGGAGCUAGACAACCACUGGAAUGGCUUGGCCAGGCAAGUCCUAUCAGAAAGAAAAGAAGGAGAAAGCUCGAGCACGCAAGAAGGUGGCAGCAACGUUUCUCCUCCGCAGAGCUCUCGCAAAGUCGGAUCCAUGGUUCUCACUUUCGGGAAGUACAAAGGCCAAGCGCUGGGCUCUCUCCCGGACGUGUACCUGGAAUGGAUGGCGAACAACAUGCACACACACUGGGGGAGACACGCGAGAGAGUUUCUGGAUAGCAAGCACGGUGGUGCUCGAGAAGUUCUCAUCGCCCAAGAACAGGAUGGAUCGAUCGCGCUGAAGAAGCAGAUCCUGACUUGUCAAGAGAGGAGAGACCUCGAGGAAGCCAAGCGGAUCCACGCACGGGUGAAAGCCAGCGCCUAUCGCAACGACCGAUACAUCGCCAAUCUUCUCAUGGACAUGUUUGGAGCUUGCGGGAGCGCGGACACGGCGCUAGAGAUCUUUGACAAGAUCCAGGCGCCCAACAUCUUCUCCUGGAACAUCAUCCUCAAGGUUGUCACGCAGAAGAAUGGAUGCGAUCCAGAGGCGUGGAAGAUUUUCGAGAGGAUCCCGGAGAAGGAGAAGAAUGCCGUGUCGUGGAACAUCAUGCUCGCCGCGCUCGCGGCCGAGAAGGGGAAUUUGCGCAAAGUGGAGGAGUUUUUCUACGAGAGGAUGCCCGUCAAGGAUGUGUUCUCCUGGACUACGCUGCUCAAUGCCUACAUAACAAAUGGGCGGUUUGACAAGGCCAGGGAGAUCUUUGCGAGCCUUGAUGACGAGAAUGUAAACGCCGCUACGUGGAACACGAUAAUAGAAGGAUAUGCCCAGACAGGGGAUAUGCUGCAAGCCAGAAAGAUGUUCGAUAGCAUGCCCGAAAGAGCGUUGUGUCGUGGAAUUUGA